UCCUAGGAGUACUGUGAUGAGGGAGAUAUUUGGGGGAGCUUUGCUCAGCCAAGUGAAGUGCUUGUCUUGUAAAGGGGAGUCGAAUAAGACUGAUGAGAUUAUGGAUAUUAGUUUAGAUCUUUUUCAGUCGAACUCGUUGAAGGAUGCACUUGGGAGGUUUUUUCAGCCUGAGGUUUUGGAUGGAAACAAUAAGUACAAUUGCAGCAAGUGCAAGAAACUGUCUGUGGCUAAGAAGCAGAUGUUCAUACUUCGGGCUCCCAAUGUUCUUGUCGUCCAGCUCAAGAGAUUUGAGGGUAUACAUGGUGGGAAGAUCAAUAGAAAUAUUGAAUUUGAAGAAGUUUUAGUGCUUUCUAAGUUUAUGUACAGUACAAGCCAGGAUUUGCAACCAGAGUAUAAUCUGUUUGGAAGCAUUGUACACUCGGGAUUCUCACCUGAAUCUGGACACUACUAUGCAUAUAUCAAGGAUCCUGUAGGCCGCUGGUAUUGUUGUAAUGAUGCUCAUGUUUCACUCUCAAGCACACAGGAGGUUUUGUCAGAGAAGGUCUAUAUUCUUUUCUAUUUGCGCAAUAAUCAAAGCCCAAGGUCUAGCAAAAGUUGUCCGCCUUGCAAAACUAAACCUGCCGUUUCAGACAGAAUUGAGGUAUCACCACAGCAUAAGACCACUGAGCUUUCAAAACCAUCAAUUUUUGGAUCAAAUGGUAUAUCUUCUAAGAAUAAUGUGUCAACCAUUUUGAAGAACGGUAAGACAUCUACAAAUCCACAGAUAAAGUCCAUUAAUAUUAAAAACCACGAGCUGAAGAAAGCAAUUGCAAAUGAAAAUGGCAACUCUAAGGUUCAUACUAAUGGAUCUAUGGAGAAAAAUGGGGACCACAAACUAACUCCAGCUGUUAAAAAGAACAAGCCUCACGAUAACGGUUCCACGGAAAAACUGAAGGUUGGGAAUAUGUCUGACUUUUCAUCAUCAUCUAAAAGUGGUAUUGUUGAUGGGAUUUCUUCUAAUAUGGUUGGCAAUGGGGAAAAGCAGACGUUGCAAACACCUAAUGGGAAUGGGUAUAGUAAUAUGUUCAAAAUAGCCCCCGGUGAGGAUAAUGCCAAAAUUUUGGCCAGUGUAGAUAAAAAUAUUGAUUAUGACCGUCCAUCAAAUGACAUGGUUGCCAAGAAUGACUCUGUUACAACAGCGCCUAAGAGAAAAUCUUGUGACACUGAAAGCAAUGGACGGUUGGAUGUUGGCACAAAAGAGCCUAAUGCUUCCUGCAAGACUCAUGCCCAAUGUCACAGUACCCGUGCUGAAGAUGUUGAAAAUUUUAAAAAACUAAUUGCUGCAGAAGCAUCUUCAGAUUUGCGGUCAUGUGGUUGGGUUGAUGAAGUGCAUAAGUUCAUGCACGCCAGAAAGAAGAUUUGCUCACAAGUAAAUGGCGGUUGUCCUGAUAACACCGAGUUACGGAGACAACUGAUAAUUGAUGCCAAGAAGAAUUUUAUCUCCCAAAUCCCAGAAUCACUGAAAGAGCAUCUCGUUGAACGCCUCCGAUCAUUUAGUCAAGGGAAACCUUUGUUUGAUGCUUAAACUGUGGCUGAUAGUAUGCUGAGAAUUGUAUCAGGAGAAUGAUCUUUUAUGAUAAUUCAUCAUUCUACGGUACAUUUUGUCAGGAGUUGAGGAUGAUACUUCUCAGUAAAUUUUUUUAUUUUGCAGUCUCUUGUGUUGCUGUUGGACUGGUGUUUAACCUGUAAUUUUGAUGUGUGUAAUUCUCAGUGGCGUUCUGUGUUUCAAAAAGUUCCUGGUAAGUAAGAAA